AUGGCGGCACCUGACGCGGUGCUGUCGCCUUUGGCCGUUGCCCAAAUCGCCGUGUCCAGAAGAGAACCGCCGGAAAGAGUGCUCUCAUGCGCGAUCAAUCUCCUUCAAUGUUUCGUGGACGAGGAUAGGAAUCGCCACGUGGCACGGUCCGGUCAGCAAUCGCAGCAGGUCGCACAGGGCGAAAAUGGAAAACACCCACCUCCUGGUGUCACAACCGCUGAGGAACCCAUUGAUGCGGAAGCCACAGCCGGCAAGCGAAAGAAGAAGAGCAAGAAGAUCGCUGGUAACACAGUUACCACCGACGGGGAUAACUCUCCUGCGGAAGGAUUGGCAGGGGAGCAAGGCUUCCGGUCCCCCGCGGAAUCUGCGGGCAUGUGGGGGGAAUGGGGUUCCCAGGCGCGCCUACACGCACUGCGCGCCGUUUUCGAGUUCGCGCAGCUGUCCCUCCUCCGAUCCAUCCGCCCCGGACCUGCUGGCGCUGGCUCGGGCUCCAAACGAGCCAGGCCUGGCUCGGGAACGCCAGGCUCGGCAGAGAAGCUUGCUGGGGAGAAGGGGGGAAAGAGGCGGAAGAAUCAGGCGGGAGGCAAAGCGGAGGGGGAAGGGAUAGGGGGAGGGAAAGUAGAAGGCGAUGGGGAAGGUAAGGGGGAUGCGGGGAAGGGGAGGGACGGAGAUUCGGCCCCUGCUUUCAUGGAUGCACGCUAUUGGUUCGUUCUGUCUGCGUCUCUCUCGCUGCUGCAGCACCAUCCUGCGGCAGCAGGAGCAGCGGACGAGUGGGGGCGGGUGUGCAGUGUGUGUCUGCAUGGGUUUGGCGUGUUCGCAUCAAGCCACCCGCAGGGCAAGAAGGUGUUUGUUGCUGUGCUCUCUCGCCUGCUGCCCCUUGUGCUGCAGCUAAGGACACACCUUGUUCAGGGUCAGGGGCGGCUGGGGAAGGGGGGAGGAGAGUUGGGGGAGGACACGGUGGGUUUAGUCUUAUCUGCAAUGGACGUGAUUGUGAAGGAGGCGUUGUUUGGACGCGUGCAUGCAGAGGGGUAUGUGUCCCAGUGCAGUGGUGUGGCUGUUGCUAUGGCUGCUGGUGUGGGUGGUAGUAUGGGUGGUGGUAAGGUUGGGGGAACGGGUGGGCAGAGAACAGGCAGCAGAGGAACACCUGAGAAAACACCUGGGGAGUCGAGACUUGGAAGGAAGGGAGGGAAUGUUGGAGGGGCAGCAGAGGGUGAGGGUGAGGGAGAUGGAGGUAUGGAAGGGCUGGGAGAGGAAGGCAGGUUCGGCAGUUACCACCGGCAGUUCCUGGCGUUUCUCGAGGCUGGGAUCAGGUCCGGAAACGUGCCGAUCCUGCACAGCCUCGGGUGGAUGUUUGGCAUUUACUCUCGGAGUGUGGUAGAGAUUGCACGAGAGAGAGUAGGCGAGGUGGGAGGGAGGGGGAAGAGGAGAAAAGCAGCAGUUCAGGGGGGGAAAGGAGGGGUGAGUGGUGAUAGGGAUGGAGGGGAGGGAGAAGGAGAGGAGAAGGCAGGGGAAAGGGGUGUGGAAGUGGGGGGAGGGAGAGGAGGAGGAGGAGGAGGAGGAGGAGGAGGGGGAGGGCAGGGAGGAGGUAUGGGAGGAGUAUUGGGUGCAGAUGAUCCGGAAGUGUCUCAGCUGUUGCAGUCGCGGUUCAAUCUUUUUGCGCAUCUGCUGGGGCCGCUGAUAGGCGAACUGCGAGGCCAAGUGGUGGCGCUCACACAGGGGGGCGCGCAGGCAGAGCAGCAGCAGCACCAGCAGCAGCAGCAGCAGCAGCAGCAGCAGCACCACCACCACCACCACCACAAGCACCAGUGGUCCCAGCAGCACCGAAAGCAGCAGCAGCAGCACCAGGGCAAAGCAAGCCGAGGUGGUAACCAGUCGGCAGCAAGCAGUGCUGCGGAUCCUGCCAGCCUGGCAGCUGUGCUACGUGGCACCAGGGCACUGGUGGACGCUGCCAUAGAGGAGGGCAUCUACGAUGGGUUGUCAGACACUGGGUCUGCUGUUGCACUUGGCUGGGCUGGGCUGGCAGGGGAGGUGGGCAGUGCGUGGCGCAUGUGGGACGUUGUACAGAAGCCUGGGAUAGGUGCUACUGCUUCUGCUGUCGCCGGUGCUAGCGGUGAUGGUGAUGGGAGGCACGAAGGGGACGGAGCAGCAGCUCAGGUUUGGGCCGAGCUUCUCCAGCUGCUUUGGGGGCUGGUUCGGCUGGAGCCUAGGGUGGUGGUGCUCGUGGAUGGCCUGCAUGACGCCACGUGGCAGCUUGUGAUUGGGGCUUGCACUGCGUUGGUGGCCAUCCGAGCCAUUCUCUCUUCCACCCUUGGCUCCAGGCGACCUCUUCUCGCGCUACCUUCUACCCUGCCCUCCCUGGUAGCAUUGGAAUCGCCUGCAGCAGUGGCAGCAUCUGCGGCGCUCCUGUCGUCGCCUGACCUCCUCUCGGUGGUCCGGGAGGCUGCUGCUGCGGUCCCUCCAGGCCAGGUGCCGAGCCUGCUGCUUAGCUUCGGGGAGGAGCAGGUUAUGCUGGUGGUUGGUUGGGAGGGUGACUCUGAGGGAGGGAGAAAGAAAGAGGAAAUGGAGGGUGUGGGAUGGGGCGAGGAGGGGAAACAGAAGGGGAGGAAGGCAAAGAAGGGGAAGGCUGACCAGGUGGUUUCUCAGGUGAAAACUCAGAUGCAGGGAGCACAGGAUAGGCUCACCUGGGCGGCUUCCAGCUUCGUUGCUACAGUGCUCCGCAGCCUGCCUGUUGCACUGGGAACCGCCAUCCAGGUGGACGGCAACGUCUGUCGUCUAGUGCAGUCCCUUGGGCGGUCUGUGGUGGGCAAGUGGGUGGCUGCUGUGCUUGCAAGAACCAAUUGGAUGGAUGGGAAUGGGAAUGGGAAGGACUCUACUGCCGACCUGGCUCUUACCCUUGUUCGCCGUGCGGCAGCAAGCAUCGGGGCAGGCAUUGAAAUGUUUCUGGCUGCCCAUGAGCUGCACCUGCGGUGUCUGUACAAUGCACCUCCCUCAGAAGAGUCCAAAAUGGGCCACCGCUUCAGCCUCUCGUUCCCGCUCCCGCUCGAUCCUGCUGUAAGCAUGCCAGGCUUGGCAGAAACUGGCUCGGCAGAGUUAGGUUCGGCAGGGACAGGUUCGGCAGGGGAGGUUGCUGGAGCUGCUGCUUUGGAGCAGCCUGCUUCCAGAUGGCGGUUUGUGAUUGGCUGGCUGAACCGAGUGAUGAAUGGAAAGGCAGAGGAGGAACAAGAGCAGCAGCAGGAGGAAGAGGAUCAGCAAGGGGAGGAAAGCAGAGAGCUGCUUCGGCUGCGCUUCCUGACUCUCUCUGCUGCUACCACUGCCCUCUCCUCCCUCUCCCCGGUGCUGCCUCUGGGUGCGAGCAGUGCGGGUGGUAAGAGUGGCGGACUGUGGGGAGAGACGGAGGCAGCAGCAGAGGCGGGGAAGGGGAGGAAGAAGGUGAAGCGGGGAGGAGCAGAGGGAGCGCGGGGUGUGGGGGAAGAUGGAGCGGUGGGGAGUGGUGUUGGUGCGCUGGCUGCUGCUGUGGCCCAUGAGCUGUCGUUCGGGUGUGUGGGGGCGGGAGAGGGGCGGAGCCGGUGGGUGGUGAUGGGGAGAGAAACAGGCGGGAAAGGGGACGCCGGAGCAGGAAGGAAGGAGGAAAAGCACGAGGGAAGCGAUAGGUAUCGGAGCAGGAGGGGGAGGCAGUGGGACGGAACAGUGGGCAGCAUCAGCAGCGGCGGGGAUCUCAACGCGGCGUACCUCUCCCUUGCUGCUUCCUCCGCUCUCCCCCUCUGGAUCCCCGCUGCCCCUCGCCCCGCCGUGAGGGAGUUUGUGCUGCUGCUGCUCGCCCUCGCUGCUAGGGAGGUGCUUGGUGGUGCAGGAGGUGUUAAGGAGGUGGCGGGGGGUGCAGAAGGGAGGGCUGUGGCGGCGCUACGGAAUCCUGUGUUCUUCGAGAUUGAGGUGAGUGGCGUCUGGUUUGAUGGGUCCCCUCUGUCCUCCCUUGCUGCCUCCUCUGCUCUCCCUCUCUGGAUCCCCGCUGCCCCUCUGGUGGUUUGA